AAUAACAGCCCUUUCCUCGGUAAUAUAUCCCUGCUGUAUUUAAGGUUUUGCCCUCCUACCCAUUAAACCUCUCCUCAUCAGCAUUACUUUUACUUUUCAGAAACAAAUAUUCAGUAUUAUGGGCUGGGAGUUCUUUUGUUUUCCCCCCAUAGAUGUAAAACCCUGGGGGAUUUAAGUAUCUACUUGAUAGGCUCACACAAUCUUAAUCAGCCUAUAAUGGAGCUAAUGGCUGUUUGUCAUCCUUGGAGAUAUAAAUUUCCUGGUGAUGUCUACUGCAGUCAGUACAUGAAGUAUGCUCUGACUGCCAGCAAGGUCUAAUAACCAGGAGAAGGGCAGCCAGCUUCAUUAUCGAGCCUGAGACUGUACCGGCUGCUUUUCUUGGGAACUGUGCUUUUUGAAUACCGAGAGGGAAUAAUGGAUAAUACCGUUGAUGGUUUGGACAAGGCUUCAAUUGCUAACUCAGAUGGACCAGCCCCUGGAUCCCAAACUCCCCCCUUCAAGAGGAAGGGCAAACUCUCCAACAUUGGCAAAAUCUUUAAACCUUGGAAAUGGCGGAAGAAGAAGACCAGUGACAAAUUCAGAGAAACAUCAGCAGUGUUGGAAAGGAAGAUUUCGACAAGACAAAGCAGAGAGGAGCUGAUAAGAAGGGGAGUGCUGAAGGAAAUGCCUGAGCAAGAUGGUGAUGUAACAGUAAACUUUGAAACUUCAAAUGGACACACCGUAGCCAUUGGUGAAGAAACCAUACAGGAAGAAAAUGUGGUAAAAGGCAGUGGAAAUAAUGGCACCUUAUCAGAGAAAGCAUCAGCAUCAGAAGGAAAAAAAGAAGAUCAGGGAGAGAGCACUGAUCACUGCCCAGAAAUACCGACAUCCCCUGCUCCACCACUACCUAAGCCUAAGCCUAAACCUAAAAAAGCUCCGCUACCACCAAAAAAUGCCAUUGCUGCUUCCACCACCACCAGCCAUAAGGGUAACGAAGCCCCUCAUGCUAAAAAAAAGGGAAAGGCUCCUGCUAAGCAGCCUCCUCUCCCGCCGCCCAAGCCAACAGGUGCCAGUGCAAAUCGAGAAGCUGCUGGUUCCUCUCAUGCAAAAAAACUACCAGUCUCCAAGUCUUCUUCAUCACCAUCUCCUUCGUCCACAUCAUCUCAUCCCAAAGCCUCUAAGGAGACUUCCAGCAAAUCUGGCACAUCAGGGACUCCCAGGGGCAAGAAAAAACCUGGGAAACAGUCAGCCCCACGAACAGCACCAGAUGGGGCUGCUUCUUCCCCCUCAGCUGCGACAGCCGACGGUUUGGAAGCAAAGGCAGAAAAACCCAAGCCUGAACAAACUCCCAUAGUAAUUUUUGAAAUGGAGAAUGCAGACCAGUCGAGCAAGCUUGUUGUGCCCCCUCCUCCCACCGCUGCCCCUCCUCCACCUCCACUUCCACCUCCUUUUCCUGCUGCAGCUAGUCAGCCUGCUGGCUCCUCAGAUGCCCAAGAUGUGCCAGACAGCUGUGUGGCAGGGCCACGCAGCCCCAGGUCAGACACAAAGCCUCUCCUCCAGACUGAGUGUGGCACAGACAAGAGUCUGAGCAGCGCAGCCCUUGGCAGCGCUCCGGAUGCCGGAGGAGAAGACACGGAAAGCUUGGCUACCAAAGAAGACCAAGAAGGGGAGGCUCCAGAUCAAGCGUUCUCUGAAGCAGUGGAGGAGGCUUCUGACGCUGCUGCCCCUCCUGAGAGCGAAAGUAGCAGAGAGAGCCAUGGCAGUGAUUCGGACUCAGACGGGCCGAUCCUGUACACAGAUGAUGACGAUGAUGACGAUGAUGAGAAUGCAAGUACUGAAAGCUCUUUGGCAAGUAAAAUUCGUCGUAGGGAUACUCUUGCUAUCAAACUUGGCAACAGACCAUCUAAGAAAGAGUUAGAAGACAAAAACAUCUUGCAGCGUACAUCUGAAGAGGAGAGGCAGGAAAUCAGACAUCAGAUUGGAACGAAGCUAGUGAGGAGACUUAGCCAGAGGCCCACAACUGAAGAGCUGGAGCAAAGAAACAUCCUGAAGCAGAAGAAUGAAGAAGAGGAACAGGAAGCCAAAAGAGAAAUAAAACGUAGACUCAGUAGAAAGCUCAGCCUGAGGCCUACAGUGGCUGAACUUCAAGCGAGAAGAAUCCUUCGAUUUAACGAGUACGUGGAGGUCACGGAAUCUCCGGAUUACGACCGUCGUGCUGACAAGCCUUGGGCCAGGUUAACUCCUGCAGACAAGGCAGCAAUACGGAAAGAACUGAAUGAAUUUAAAAGCACAGAAAUGGAAGUACAUGAGGAAAGUCGACAAUUUACCAGGUUUCAUCGUCCAUAACUGUUUGACCACAUCCCAUAAUUCAAGUAACAAUUUUCUUUGGGGAAACCAUUGCGUCCUGAAGACCUGAAAUUGCACUGGAACUUGACUGAGUAUGAGUGUGUGCUACAGCUUACCCUGAGGCUAAUGAAGAAAGUAGCCCUUGUCUUUGUCAAUGGACAAAUGAUUAGUCUGGGAGGAGAACCCACGGGAAAUGUUUGUCCAUGUCCAGACAGUCCACGGUUCUGUGGCCAGCCCACAGGGACAAGCCAGUCGACUUCUUUGUCAGAGCUCCACAAGUCAGGAAGUGCUGAAGACAAUCGCUGGAGAGCCUGCUGCCAGGAUCUCAUCGGGCUUCAUAGGGUUGGGAUUGAGGGUAACAAAGAGGGAGGGGGGUGACAAAAGAACUGAGACCUGGGGGAAAAGAGACUUUGUCAGUCCACAGAGAAAAAUGGAAUGGAUGGGACUGCCCAUCAAUGCACUUGGCCAGUGGAAAGAAUUAUUUUUUUUAAAAAAAUGAGAGUGCAACAGUGCAUGUAGUGGCUGCAGCCUGUCUUAAAACGAUAGAAAGCCAUAAGUCCUCGUGUCAUCAGUACUUUAGGAAGAACUAUCCUUUUCUUCGGUGCCAGUAAAUACAGUUGCCAGAAAUUACUCCUAGUAUAACUCAACUGUCUUUUUUUAAAUCCCAGUGCACAAGCUUCAGGAAAACACAUGGAACAUUCAUACAGAAUAAGUAAUAUAUUUUUUUGUUUUUUAAUGUUGACAUACUCUGGAUCCUCAGAAAUACAUAAACAAGAUUUGAAAGACAAAUAAUGUGACACUAUGAAUGCAAUGAAAUGCUUUGUGUUUAGAAACACUCCUUGCUGUCUGUUACUUGCCAUUCAAACCAGAGGGAUCAUUAUCUUUGUCAUCCAAGGCAGGCAGUGGUGACAACUUUGACAUCAUGCUAGUGUGAAUCCAAAGUCAGAAUUUAAAUUAGGCACAGAAGUCUUUAUUGAUAGGCCUGAGCAGUGAUUACUAAUGUAACUUUUUACAUUUAAGGACUCUUGCACUGCUUUGAGAAGUAACUCCCAGGUGAAUCAGUAUGUCUUCAGCUAGUGGUCCUUUAAAAGUGAAAGAAAAAUCCUUGGAGUGUCUCCAGCCUGUUUAUGUUGAGUGUGGAGAAUGCUUCUUAGAUUCGUAAUUUUUUAUACUAUCUUGUACAUGUGAAUACAGUACUAUGAAAAUUAAGUGGUAUGGAGUGUGAAAGGCAAUACAUGGUUUUUCUAAGUUGGCCCAAAGGCCUAUUAAAAAGCCUGUGGUGUUGUUUACACUAAGAAAUUCUCUGUCUUAUAUUAGCACUUAUUUAUCCUUUGAAUUAGUGUACACAACAUUGGGGGGGGGGUCCAGAAUUCACAUAUGCAUACAUUUAAUGCAGUAUUACAAUAUAUUUGCUAUUUAUCCUUUCUAAUGUGUGUACAUAUUACAAUUUAUUUUUGUCUUUUAUGUGUCCUGUUCAGUUUUUAAUUAUGAAGUGUAAGUAUUUCUUUUUCUGGCAAUAAAAGGUCUGUGUAGAUGUGAUUUUUACCUCAAAA